UGUAGACAAAAAAGAUAACGAGCAGGAAACUGAUAGACCGGAUGAUGACAAAAUGGAAAAAGUUGAUAAAGACGCAACUGAAAUAAUGAAUCCUGAGGCAUAUAGUGAGAAAAGUGAUAAGGAAGUGACCGCAGAUGACGUUGAUAAACAACUAAGGUCAAAUUCAAACGUGGAUUUAGUCAAGAAGAAACGUCGCUCGGAAAACACAUCGAGAAGAAGCGAAAGUCGUAAUGCCAGACGAUCGCGUAGAAGUGAUGCUGAUUCCUCUGGAACUGCCGCACCUGCACCACGGCGCAGUAGUCCUCGGGUGACAGAAAAGUCACCAGCUGGAGGAACUCAAAAGGCUGAUAAAGAAAAAUCUAAAUCUCAUUCAAGCGCUAAACCCCCAAAAAUAUCCAAAGAUAUUAAUAUUGUGGACCCAAGUUCAGAAAACUUAAGUCAUAAAAAGUCUGCGAAGGUCAGACCGUCACACAGCUCCAAAUCAACAACAGCUAAAGCUAAAGACAAUUCCACAACGCAUAGGAAAUCGCGGAGUGCAAAGUCUAAGCCUAAAAUCGAAAUCUCGCCACCCAGGCAGAUGGAGACUAUCGAAUCAAAUUUGGCCGCAAUGAUGGAAUCUGUAUCACUUCCAUCCGAUGGUGAUUCGAAUGAAGCAAAGACAAUUGAUAUUAAACAGAAUUCAGAAAAAGAUAUUGAUACUCCCACAUCUUCAGAUACUCACAUUAGAAUAGAUGGUAAGACUAUAGAAUCCUCAAGGGAGGCAGCAUUAACUCAAACAUUGUCCGAUCUCGAGCUACUUACAACAUUGGAUUUAAAUGAGAAUUCAACUUAUAGCGAGCAGCAACCAAAUAUUCCAGAUACCCCUUCAAUUCCAUCCAUUAAUACUACUGAAGAUCAAAAUGAUUUAUACAAAUCUCUUGAUUUGGAUAUUGUAGUCAAUAAGCAGGAAAACUUGUGCGAGGAGUCGGUCGUAGCUAAACAGCGUGCUGCAGUACCUCGUGGAUUAAGAGAUCUCCUGCAGGCAGCAGGAACUGAAAGACAACACGAGAGAGCAGGAAGUCGUGCCCGAUCCACGCGCUCCAGGGUGGGUACGCCCAUUCCUCCAAAGUCGAGAAAGACUAGGAUUAAGGAAACUAAAUCAUCUGAGACUCCAAAGAAAGAGCAGACUAAUGACAAACCAGAAACGAAAUCGGAUAACACUGCAACCUGCAGCGAAUUGCCUAUAGAGAAGCAAGAGAAUGAGAUUCCCAACUUAAAUAUAAGUGAAACCAGUCAAAACAUUAAUGAUGAUGCAGUUGAGAAAGCCGUUGCUACGGAUCAAUCAGAACAUCCAACUGUAUGCAAUGAUAUUCGAUAUGCAAUUGAAAAAGGUAAUCAGGCUUGUGAUCAGAGUACACCCAGCACUUGCUCCUCGAACAGUUCAUGUCGUAAGCUUCGCAUUCUAAUUAAGAAACCAGUGCCACGCUCUAAAAUCAAUUUUGGCCAACUUGAAAAUGUUGAGCAUGCAGACGAUGAGUUGGAAGAUCCCACAUAUCCAUCAGAUCAAUCAGUUUGCCAUGAUGUAGGAGAUAAAGCGACCGAGAGAGAGCCAUUGAAGAGCCUACCAGAAAAAAUCACUGGAGAGGAUCAACUAAAUCUCAAUGAUCAAGCAGAAAACUCAACACAGAUUACAGUAGAUCAGCAAAAAGAUCCAGCUGCAGCCGAUACCAAAAUUAGUGAAGAGGACUCAGUUCCAAGGGAUGCUAAGGAUAAGCUAACUGACCAGGAGGCGGCUAGCAUGAAGCAGCAGCACAAUGAGAAGGAUGACGCUGUUGAGGGGGAGAAGAUAGUUGCUGAAGAGCGUCAACUUGAUAUGGCGAUAUCACAACAACCAGAGCAAGAGGCGUCUUCUCAGCUGGCGACUCCCAACGAACAGCAGCAUCAGCCAUCGGAGCAGACAGCUUCUGAACCCAUGGAACAAUCAGCGGAUGAGCAGCAACAGGCUACAGUUAACAUUGAUCAAUUAUGCGCAACGGAAACAACAGGUGUCAUGGAGCAUGUCGAUGAGGAGGAGUGUACCGAUACUGGGAGCUCCAAUCAGAUGGAUGCCUCUGAACCAGAUGCCGCUAAGCGCAAACAAAUGUUGCAAGCGAAACAUGCGAGUCGCAGCAUUGCGAUGGCGCCACCAGCACUACCCAAAUCCGACCUAUCUAGUGGUAAUGGGGUAGUACGACGUCUAGGAAGGCCCAUCAAAGUGGGUGAUCAGCCCAAGCAAAAGCGUCGAAAAUUGGCAGUAAUGCAGAGUUCUUUGGAGGACAAUAGUAAAAGUCAAUUAGACACACAGGAAUCGCUCUCUUCGACAAAUGAGGCUAUGGAGGAGCCAGGAGGCAAGGCCAGCGGCAAGCAUAUGUUAGCUGUCAACAUGAGAUCCCCGAUUAAACCAUCCACACCAGGAGUCAGCCAUUUGGGAAAAACGUUAACAGCGACAAAGCUGAGCAAAAACGAUGAAGUGAACAAGACGCCGCCAAUUAAAUCUAGUUUAUCAACAUUAUUGAGCGACGAUGACUCCAUGUCCAUCAAUAACACAGUAAUAAUAACGAAAACGGCAAUAACAAAUACGACGGAACCGUUCAAAAAGGUGGAAACGCCAGCAUCUCCUGCUGUUGGCAUCAACAUAUCCGUUUCAUUGCUGCCUGAUCCUAACAGUCAGACGAGUUCGCCGCCCAAGAAGACAAUGACUCAGGCCGAGACGGCAAAGAAGCUGAUGUCGCUUAGUGCGGCAGCCAAGAAGGAGGAAUCAUCUCCAAUAGCAAAACAAUCUGUAGCCUCACCUAUCACACCAAAUUUGCCUGUGCAGUCUGCUGAGGCUGGCAAAAAGAUGAAAGCCCGUAAAUCGGAAACAGAUAAGCGAACUCCAAAAACACCUUUAUCUCGAAUAGCAGGCAAAGCAACUUCCAGCGCAGCCAAGAAGAGUCCAAAGCCAACAGAAGAAGCAAGUGAAAUGGCGAAAGCUAAAGAGCCAACAAAACCAGCUGCGAUUGUUAGUCCAAUAGUUAACAGAAAAUCCUUACCACAAACCCAUGCGAAAAAGCUGGACACACACACUAACGAAAUAUCUGCAGCUCCGGUAGAAGCAGCAGGCACCAGCGAGAGCAACGAGGCGAGCGAAUCUGUAGCUGCCGAAGAAUUAGUCGAAGCUCAGGACACGCAGAAAAAGGAUUCGCGAAAGUCUACGGGYCAGAAAUCGCUUAGAAAAUCCAAAUCCAAAUCCAAGGAAGUACUAGCGGUGGCAGAGGCAAGAGAACCAGCAUCAUCAGAAUCUAUGCCAUUGGCAACAAAAGGCCCGUCGGAAUCGCGGGAUUCGUCGACUGAGCGUAAGAAGCGCACGUCGCGCGUGACAAAACAGACGAAAACUGUGACUCCGAUGACACGCGCCUGCAGCCAUGCCCGCUCUUUGGCUGCCACGCCCACACCGUCAACACAACGCAAUCCCUCCAACGAGCGACAGCCACUCACAAUGCCCCCACUCGUCCCACUGGCCUCAAAGCCACAACGACAAGCGCGCAAGAGUCUAAAACAGACCAAAGCCGAGGCGCAGGCGCAGAGUCGGGGUCAGGCUGAGUGCUCUGAGGCGGCGAAAGUUACACAGUCGCGGAAGCGCAAGCCUCCGGCCAAGUCUCUCGCAGGCGGAGCGAAACGCUUAAAGGAACAGCCAGCGAUGUCAGAGACAGCAGUUGCGUUCCCAGUGCGUAUCACAGCGGCUGCCCUUACUGCUAGUCGGACAUCAAUUGCCGAGCCAAUGGCAACUGUUGAACGACAAGCAGUACGGCCACUACCGCCUCUAGUACCAAUAAUGCCGGUAAAGCUAGUGCAGAAGGACAAGGAUUUGCAGCUUCCGCCUCAGCCCUUGCCGCCAAAGCUGCGCAAGUUGCGAGUGCGUCUCAAUCGAUCCGUGAUACCCAAUUGGCUCAAGAGCCUGAAGCAAGCAGAGCAAGCCGCCCAGCGCUUGGAGCCUGCGACAGCUGCAGCGCCGCCUAGUGCCACAACUGCAACAACAAGUGCAGCUCCAAAGCAAGCAGAGCCUCUCAUCAGCAAAUCCCAGCCGGCUGCGCGUAGGCCACAAGUGAAAAUACCAAUUAUCAACUCUGUGCCGCUUCCAGUGCCUCUUCCAGUGCUGGAAGUGAAGCCGGAGCUGCCCGAAAUGGAGGAGGAACCACAAUCCAUCAACAGUGCAGCCGCAGCACCAGCGCUGCACUUGGAAAUUGAUGUUCCAGUGCCAUCCAUAGCUCAAGUUGCGGCAAGUAUGUCAAGCAGCCAGACCCCCACCAGAGUGGAGCCAGCAGCGAUGGCGCAGCCGGGAAUGAAUAUGGCUAGCAGUGCGAGCAACACUAUCAGCAGUCAUGCCAACACCGCCAUCGCACUCGCCCCUGCCCCUGCCCCUACCCCUGCCCACGCCCCCGCCCCCGCUAACACCAGCGGCACCAGCAGUACCACCAGCUCAAUACCUCCAGCGAAUGUCAUCAGCGAUCAGAAUACGUUCGGCACAACGAAAAUGUUUUCGUUUUUGUAUCCAUCACGCUAUCAGCGCUCCUACAGCCAAGUUGGACUGGACUUUUGUUGCCCGAACCUGGACGGGCCGAUGCAGGCCAUUGAUCCGACGCGGCUGCACUCGAAAGCGGAGGUGCCGGUGCUAGAGUUGCCCCAGUAUAUGGUCAUAUCGACAAAGAUUAUCUCGCGGCAGGACAAGAACAUACCGCCAAAGGUGCGCGCCAAGCUGGAGCAGCUGGCGGCGGCGAGGGAUGCCGCAACCACCAGUGCCAUACCAACGGUGUUGCCAGCGGCGACAGCUGCCGUGGCCACGCCCCCAGUGCCAGCAGUGGCGAGCAGUGCGCCGCCAACCAUGAGCCAUGGAGAGACGGUUGCCCAGCAGCUACCUCCACAGAAUACAACUUUGGCCAAGAAUCCGCCGCCGGCAAAUGCUACACCUCCUGCUGCUAAUGCAGCUGCAUCACCGAAGAUACUUUCCUCGCCUCCGCCCUUAACUGCAAUCAGAUCAGCGAAGAAAUCAUUACCAUCAAGGGGCAUGCUGCAGUUGCCGCCGAUUUGUCCCACUGACAAGAUGCGCACGGAUCUGCAAUCUCGUGUGCAGCUCUUCGAUCAUGUGCUGCAGGGCCUAUCCCGACGAGCUGCAGUGAUGAGUGUAUUGGAACGGAAACAGGUCAUCGAGAAUAUUGUGAAGACGAGCGCGCUGCUGCCGGUUGAUGUGGAGAUGGCCAUCAAACUGUUGGAGAGCUAUUCAUAUUGCUUGUAUGCAGUCAACAGCGCCAAUGCUAGGAAUCUCGAACAACGUCAGCAGCAGCAGCAAUCGCCAGCAGCAGCCAGCACAUCCAACUCCAGAGCGGCAGGUGCUGCUGCUGCAGCUCCUGCUGGCUCUCCUGCUCUUACUGCUAGUUCACCGCUGGGAGCCUCGAGCAGCACGCCUGUUUACGAUGCAAGUAAUAAGAUUAUUGGCUAUCAGUAUAAAACUCCAAAUAUGUCCAUGAAGUCAUCACGCGGCACAUUCGUCAAAGUGACACCAUCCUCAACAGCAGCUGGAUCAGGAGCAUCAUCACCCGCAGCAGGAGCAGCAACACAGCAACGUGGACGUCCAAGUGCAGCCAGCGGCAAGGUAGCAAGCGUCAACUUGGUGUCACCUACAGUAGUGCCUACGCGCGUGGCAAAGAGAGUAGGGUCCGGUACCAUGAUUCCCUUUAAUCCAUCGCCAGCGCAAAAGACCUAUGCAGGGCGUUCCACGGCGGCGUCAGCCAGAAAAGCUGUCGGCACAGCGGACAAAGCGGCGCCCGUGGGCAUCGUCAAUGGAAUGCCCCAGCUGGGAGCGGUGCCACAGGCAGCGUUAGCCGAGGACAACAUAAAUCGUACUAAUCUGUUUAUUGUAAAUCAGUUGAUGUCGCAGCAGGAGGAGUGCAUAUUGCCCGAUGCAAUUGGUACAGUAGAAACUGCUGCUGCCGACAUCAAGGGUGAGCUUGAAGAUGCAGAAACAUUAACUUAAUUCAUACAAAUAUAUUAAGAAAAUGCGUAAUUAUAAAUACACCUAAAGUAUGAAAAGUAUUUUAAGCUACUUUACCAAAAGUAAGAUGAUGAAGCCCAUAUUUAGAAUACAAAUCAACAUAUGUAAAACAUUAAUUUCGGGCUG